UUCAGUUCAACGCAAACUCUCGCGAUCGGCGGUCGGACAACAGCGAACCUCCGGGAACAAAAGCGCAGUUCGGCACGGAAAGAAGUUUGAGUGUAUGCUUUGCACUGUGCUGCAGCGUAUAACGUGACGUAAUAUUUUUGUGUUGGCACCUUCUACAGCAGCAGAUCUCUGAUCAGUGUGUGCAAAAAGGGUGAGAAAAGAAAGGAAAAUUAAAUUUUGGGCAGAAGAUUUUUCCUGGUGGUGUUUUGUGGGGAAAUCGGUGAUCGGGAUCGGACGGCGAGUGUUCCUCCUCGGUCGGUCGUCGGGAGUGUUUUCUGGCAAAUCCAAAAUUGGUUGGAAAACCGUGCGUUUGUUCCAAAUUUGGGGUGCUCCUCCGGAAGAAAGCAAAGUGCGCUGUUGUGAGAGUGUGUUGGAGUGCAGCAGUUCAGCAGAGUGAAAAAAGGGAGUCGGUGUCGGAUGUGACUCGCUGCUGGCUGGCUGGCUGGCUAACAAGCUGGAGCUGGAAGCAGCAGUAGCAAAGCCCCGAGAGUCGGACGGCAGUGUUUUCGUUUUGUUGGGAAAGGAAUGAAGAAAUUCGAAAAAGAAAAUGGUUGAUAAUUUUGAGUGCGCUGGCUAUACGUUUUACUCCAAGUUCGAUUCCGGAAACCUGGGCCGAGUGGAGCUGGUCCGAUGCUGUGAAGGACUGAACAUAAUCGGUAGCAAUGUUAGUUCCAGUGUCGGUUGCUUAUCGGCGGUAUCUAAUGCCAGUGCCAUCGUUGCCACUGCCAAUGCAAUGGGAGGUGGCGGGCCGCUAUCUCCGGGAAGCGUCACCCUUCUUGGCCCACCGCAGACCGCCAUCCUGUCCGGUGGUGGUGGGCCUCAGAUGCUAGGUGGCAACUCACCAUCUGCAGCCCAUCAGCACCUUCAACCACCAACGUCGCCACUAUCUGGUGCUGCAACGGCAGCUGGUAUCAUUCCGGAACAACUGCACCACCACCAGUUGCUCACCAGUCACCAACCUCAUCACCAUUCGGCGGCUUUCGUCGAGGUGGAAUUUAAUCUUUGGACGCGGCCCGAUUGUGCCGGAACGCCGUACGAAAAUCAGAACCGAACAUGGUUCUAUUUCGCCGUGACGGGUGGCCGGCCGAAUCAGAUUGUCAAGUUUAAUGUGAUGAAUUUGAACAAACAGGCAAAGCUGUUCAGUCAGGGUAUGCAUCCUGUCACGAAAGUCGGUCCCGGUGGCCGGUGGGAGCGCAUCAAGGAUAAGCCAUCGUACUCGAUUGCCAACGAUGUAUUCUUCAUAUCGUUUCUGCACCGUGCUCCAGAAUCAUCCGAAACGAAAACCUACUACGCAUUCACGUUCCCGUUCACCUACAAUGAGCUGCUGGAACAGUUGGGCAACUUCGACAAACGCUUCGGUCGGCAUACGUUCGAGAUGAAUCAGAUCGCACAAGAAAUAUCGCUAAAGUAUGAUGCUUCCAUUCCGGUUGGUCCGGUGGAACUGGUUCCGUCGAUAGUCAACCAUCACAUUCAGCCGCACCACAGCAGUGGGAAAAAGGGUAAACUAUCCAAAACCCCCAAGGUUGAACGAUCCAGUCCGGAAUCCUUCGACGAUACGGCUCGCGAUGGCAUUGUAGGAAGCGACGAAGGAACCCUGCCAAAGGUAAGCGAUCCAGGCGGGAAGCAUCUGGACGAUGGUGAGGUACCUACGGCAAUGUCGAUCGACGACAACAACACAUCGGAGUCCAUGCAACAAAUCACCAAUCUCGUGAAUAAGGUGAAAAUCGAGUUACCACCGCAGGCCGACGCGGGCAAGAGUAAGUUACCAAUCUUCCAGCAGUUGCUCAACACUCCAACCCUAGAGGAUGACCUCAAAGCCAGCAAUCUCGAUCCACGGGACGACAUCUACUACUAUCGAGAACUGCUAACGCAUUCGGUGGAGAAACGCCGAAUCGAACUGCUGACGAUCACUUCGUUCCACGGGAUCCAAAACACCCGGGAGGAACGCUUGCGCAAUUUGUUUCCCGACGACAAGACGCCCCGGUGCCAUACGUUCAAAAACAAGAAAGUGGUGUUCAUCUCUUCCCGUGUUCAUCCCGGCGAAACGCCGGCCAGUUUUGUGCUAAACGGAUUUCUCAGUACGUUGCUCGACCGGAAGAGCAUCGUGUCUAUUACGCUUAGGAGGAUGUACGUUUUUAAAAUUAUCCCGUUUUUAAAUCCUGACGGCGUGUACAAUGGUCUGUACCGUUCGGACACUCGUGGUCAUAAUCUAAAUCGAGUCUAUUUGACCCCGAACGCCGAAACUCAGCCUUCGAUUUACGCUUCAAGGAAGCUUAUAAGGUAUUAUCAUCUCGGAGUAGACGAGCCAGAGCCAUACGAGUUGGAAAAUGAGAAAAAAGCGGCGUUGCUCAGAAGUCCCGAUACCAGCACUGAGGAGAUUGUAGCCAUUUCUCCGCUUGAGGAAAAAUCCGUUACUGAGAAUGUAGAAACCAGCACCCCAAGUAAGGAGUGUCCACCGCUGAAGAAAGCCACUUCAACCAACUCCGAAUCCAACGAAGAGAACAACGCGUCCACCUCAGAUUCCGGUUUCGGCGAGCAAACCGUUUCGAAAAGCAGCACCGUGUCGUCAUCUUCCUCAACGACGACACUGGUCGGACCUGAGAUCUCAAAGCCAGCCGGUUCUACCGCUGAUAACUCCAGCGCAACUGACUCGCCCACAUCCGCCAAUCAACCGGAAGAUGUCCUUCCGCCGGGCGAACCCAAUCCGAUAGCACCCACCUCCGACGAGGCGCUUCCAGCACCGAAAGUGUUCACCGAGCAGCUCAUCCCGGACCUGCUGCCCGUGGUCACCGAAAGUGGCCUGGCGCUGCGACCGGCUCGUAGCGUCUCCAAUCUCAGCACUGCCAGUAGCAUGGCCAACAGUACCACUACCAAUGCGAGCACAAUCACGCACAUCAACACGCGGAAGCCCCCGCUGGUAACGGCCAAGGUCGAUACUGGUCGGAAGGGAUCGGCGUCCUCGUUCAAAAAUGUGAUCAAUAAGCCGCAUCUGAUUGCCACCACACCGAACGUACUCAAAAUGAAGGACUUUGGAGUCGGCUCCUCGUCCCAGGCUCCAGCACAACAGCCACAACUGCAAACGCAAAGUUCCUUGGCAAAGGCGACAGCACUGGGGUCCUUGGGUGCUAAGAAGACCAGUGCCUUGCACCACAAACGGGGCGAAGGUCACAAAGUACGUCCGCAGACGCCGCAAAUGUACAGCCACUUUAGGUCCCACCGGAACGAGUAUCUCAACCCGACUAGUCAGAAGAAUCUUAACAUCAGCCUGGACUACUUGGCCCAGCUGGACGAAAAGAACGACAAGGUGAUCUACGAGGAGAGAAGCAAUAUGUUCCUUUACAUCGAUUUGCAUGGGCACGCUUCGAAAAAGGGCGUGUUCAUGUACGGCAACCAUCUGCCCAGUACGAUAGAGGCGGUCGAGUGCAUGCUGCUGCCCCGGUUGAUGAGCAUGAACUCGCAGCACUUCCAUUACGAUGCGUGCAAUUUCAGCGAGCGGAAUAUGUACUACAAGGGAAAACGUGACGGUUUAUCGAAGGAAGGUUCCGGCCGAGUGGCCAUUUACAAGUGUACCGGGUUGAUCAAGAGCUACACACUGGAGUGUAACUACAACACCGGCAAAAGUGUAAACAUUCUGCCUCCGAGAGGAAAGGAACCUGCCACUGCCAAAGUCCAAUCGCCGGUACCACCCAAGUACACUCCCGCUGUGUUCGAAGAGGUGGGGCGCGCUCUGGGUCCAUCGAUACUGGACCUGACCAACUCCAAUCCGCAGACGCGGAUACACAACUCGGAGUUCCGCACGCUGCAGGGACUGCGCAAUACGCUACGGAUCGAAAUCGAACGUGGUUCGUCGAAGGCUCGUGUCACUAACAAGGUUCCGAAGCCACAUUCCAAGCGACUCAGUAACCAAUCGUCCAGCUCAUUGGAGAUCGCCAAGGAGAACGCCCUGCAGUGGGAGAACAUGGCAGUUCCGACGGGUGGGUCGAUGGUCGGAGCUGGCGGUGGCGCUGGCAGUCCACCCGGUGCUGGUGCAGUAGGUGGCAAUGGGAAUGGUAACGGAAAGGGAACCGCCGAUCCCUUAGGAGGUAACUCAUCCGCAUGUUGCUCAGCAACGUCCAGCGGAGGCAGGCAGUUUCUCAAGGGAAGCUCUCUGAAGGGACACUCGGGGAAGAUUUCCCGGAAGACCGGAAGCGCUGGUGGAAAGGGAUUCGGCAAGAAGGAUGUCGUCAAAAAGAGCAAAAUCUUGUGCGAAUCCGGUGUUGCGGGAACCGUUGUGACCAGCGGGAAGAAGCUGCAGGAGCUAAUGCGAAACAAAGAUCAGCAUCAAGUGCCUCGGAAGAAGAUCAAAGUGUCCCCUCCGCACCAGCAUGGCAGCACAGUCGAUGGGUUCGACCUGUGCUUCAAGAGUAAUCUUGCAGCUUCUUCAUUACCGAAUUUCCUGGCGUCUCCCCCGUCGCUGGGAGAUCUACCUCUUUCGAAAAAGGUCAAAUCGGAAUCGAAGCUGCUGGAAGAGUGCCUGGAUUGUGACGAUAGCCUGGAUGCGAUUCCGUGCUGUUCGUAUACGCUGCCUACGACUACAUCCGGUGGAGGAACCGUAGCGCUCACCAAGCUGAUCUCGACCUACAGUCAGGCGGCGGCUGGGUCCCCUGGUGUGGCUUCCGGCGAAGGAAUAACUCCAGUAUCAAGCAGCUCCACCAUCGCCUUGAACUCCGGAAACGGAAGCUCCUCUUCCGGAGGAGGGGACAAGGACACAGGUAAGCCGGGUAAAAUCAGUAAGUUUAGCAAGGCCACCUCGGCCAAACAGCAGGCAAAACUAGGUAAAUCUUCCAAAUCGAACGACGGUGGAAAGCUGCUGAAGAAGAAACGUUCGCUCAAGACUGACUCGAAUCUGAAGCGGAAGAAAACCCGUGUAAAACCGGCUCUUACUUAGAGGGAUUUAGAAGAGGGGCGGAUGACUAACUAAUAAAGGCUUGUGUUCCGAGUCGGCGGAAACUGUGAUUCAGGACGGACGUAUGCUUUCGUACAUUGUUUUAUUACUAUUAUUUUUAUUUAUAUACAGACUCUAACAUGGUUUAUUUUUUUUUUGUUGAACUAUAAAAGAAGUGCUUGAGAAUGUACCUUGUAUUAUGGGAUGGAAUUUAGAAGUUUUGAUACAGCCCGUUACUGCCAUUUUUUGUGAACUUUUCAUAAUGAUACAACAAUAUGUAUGAUUUAUACAUUUCAUAUUUUGCCAUAACAAAUGAAAUCUUAACAGCAUUUUCAAUUCCACUAACAUAUGAUUUGUUAUUUUAAGCUAAGCUUAGUUUAUUUUUGAAUGGGAUAGACGUCUGUAGCUAUAGUUUUUACCACUUUCAUUGUAUGAGCAACACAAAAAGAUUUAGAUGUUCUCUUGUAUGUAUUUUGAUUACAACAAUCGGUUGAAUUAACCAGAAGUUAUUGAAAAACAAAGAAACGAUGUCGGUACUCAACUAAGAAUGUCUCAAAUACACCUGGCGACUCUCUUUUUGACGGCUUUAAUUAACAGGAGUCUCGAAUACAGUUACAAACGUAUAGCCAUUUAGAAAUGAUCUAAGUAUUAGGAUCACAUCAAUUUCUCAGUUCUGAUGGACUACAUUAGGGAACGAUUUACUUGGCAAUAAAGUUGCUCAUUGACAACAAACACAGAAAGAUUUUCCAAUUCACACAAACUUUUGAACCUGGUACUAUCUAAAAUUACUUCUUUUCUUCACCAAACGAAUAUUUAUUUUUACAUCUUGAUUUUUUAUUUAUUGAAACUCAUAUCGUUUAUCAAUAACUACCUACAACAACACUCCACGCCUCGAUUCGGAAAUGUCUCAACUCAUAAAAUUUGUGCACCUAAACUCUAAACUUACUCUGUAAUCAAUAUCUUAAAUAGAUGUUUAAAACCAACCAAUCGAUUGGAAUUUCCGUGUAUAACCAGAGAGCAUAUAACACACAAACAUACACUAGAAAAGUGAUUAUAAAAUUUAGACUUAGAACUGUACUAUUGGUAACACCCUAUUAGGAAAGUGUAGAAACUGAAAACAUGUUCGAACUAUGCCACACCGAUUUCUAUAGGAUUUGCCACACGAAUGUUGCGUUGAAUGAUUUGUUUUCAUCGAUAAAAGGAGAAAACGUACGUAGAGAAAUGGCAUCAUCUUAAUGGCACCAUGCCGCCUAUAGGUGGAUAGCGAUUGAGCUUCAAUAAGCAUCGGGUUGGAAUUCUUUGCGAGAGUGUUGUAGCAUUGUGUGAGGUGUGCUGCUAGGAUUAGAUAGUUUUGUGAAUGGAUGUGCUAAGAACAGGACUUGAUAUUGGGAAGGUAUGUUCUACAGAAGACGGGAGUGUGAGCGUUUUGAGAUCGUUGAAGGAUAGAGUGCACAUGCAAUAGGAGUAAUAAACGGAAAAUAAAUAACAAAUUGAAUAACGCAAAAUAUGAUCGACGAA